AUGGGGGAGUGCGGCGUGCCCCCCCAGGUCCAGCUCUUCCUCCGCGCCUGCGAGCAGGGCGACUGCGAGACCGCCCGACGCCUCCUGGGGCUGCCCGGCGGCGGCGGCCCCGCCGACCCGGCGGCCCCCUCCUCCUCCUCGGGCGGCGCCGAGGAGACGGCGGCGGAGCCCCGCGGCGAAACGUCGUCCCCGCCGAGCCCCGCCGUGCCCGUGGACUGCACGGACGAGGCCGGCAACACGGGGCUGCAGUUCGCCGCGGCGGGAGGCCACGAGCAGCUGGUGCGGUUCCUGCUGCGGAAGGGCGCCUCGGUGCAGAGCAGGAACCACUACGGGUGGAGCCCCCUCAUGCAAGCGGCCAGGUUUGGACAUCUAAGCGUGGCCCACAUCUUGUUGGAGAAUGGUGCUGAUCUCAAUGCACAGAACAAGUUAGGGGCCAAUGUUCUCACAAUGGCCUCCAGAGGCGGUCAUGUCAGCAUGGUGAAACUGUUGCUGGAAUCCGGAGCUUUUGUGGACAAUUACGACCAUUUUAGCACAAAUGUACUUAACAGCAGCAGAGAUGACCUUCCUGAUAUCACUCCGCUGAUGGCAGCUGCUCAGCAUGGACAUGAGGCAGUGGUACAUCUGUUGCUAGACUGGGGAGCUGAUUGUAACUACACUCUAAAGACAAUGGGCUGGAGUCCUUUAAUGCUGGCAGCUGGCAGUGGAAAGGUGAGCUUGGCACAGCAGCUCAUGGAGAAAGGUGCCAAUCCUGAUCACUUGAAUGUACUACAUAAAACACCUUUAGAAAUCUCUGUUGGCUUCAAACACAAAGACAUGAAGGACUAUUUGGAAUCUCUCACAACCAUUAGGCCUCAAGCAGAUGCAGAAAAGAGGCAACCUGAUGUCUUUCAUGCUUUGAAACUGGGAAACUUUCAGCUGGUUAAAGAGAUCAUUGAUGAAGAUCUGAGUCAGGUUAAUAUUACCAAUGUUGAUGGUGCAUCUCCGUUAAUGAUUGCAGCUGUCACUGGACAGCUGCCCCUUGUUCAGCUCCUUGUUGAGAAGAAGGCUGAUAUUGAUAAGCAGGAUAAUGUUCAUGGCUGGACAGCACUAAUGCAGGCCACAUACCAUGGGAACAAAAAUGUUGUAAAGUAUUUGUUAAAUCAAGGAGCUGAUGUUAACCUUCGUGCAAAAAAUGGAUACACAGCUUUUGACCUGAUAAUGCUGCUGAAUGAUCCAGAUACAGAGCUUGUAAGGUUACUGGCAUCAGCAUGCAUGCAAGUAGAUAAAGAUAAGAAUAAACUGAACAACAGAUCAUCUCUGCCUUGUUCCAGAAGUAAGCAAUCCUUAAAUGUCCCAAUGUUGCCAGAUGACAAAGGAGGCCUAAAGUCCUGGUGGAGCAGGAUGUCCAAUCGAUUCCGCAAGCUGAAGUUGACUCAGACAUUGCGCCAUGGAUUUCCUUCUAAUCAGUUUGUGCCUUUUCCGGAUGAGGCUGAACCAUCAUUAAAUUGCACUAUAAAAGUAACCUCACAGAGUGAUACAGACAUCUCUGGAAACCUUGAUGCUGCUACAGCUUGGAACACAAAUAACAAAGCUAGUGGUGCAAACACUGUGAAAGAAGAAAAGGACGAUGAAUUAUUGACAACUAUGCUGAGGAGUAGUGCUCCAUUUACCAGGCUGCCCAGUGAUAAGCUGAAAGCAGUGAUACCACCUUUCUUACCACCCUCAAGCUUUGAGCUCUGGAAUUCUGACCGAACCCGACUCAGCAAAGAUGGCAAAGCUGAACAGAUGAGAACUGCCUGGCCACAGAGAGCAAUCAAGCAUGAUUUUAACAGCAGUGGGAACUCUGAUAUAACAUCUGUUAGCAAAGGUACUAGAACAGUCAAAUUACCAACAUUUGCAAGAAGACCAGCAUCUCCUUCAAAUUCCAAUAACUUCAGUCAUUCUCCCCAUUCUUCUGGUGGAUCUAAUAACAUUGCAGGAAUUAACAGGCAUGGAGGAGAACUGCAUAACAGAUCAGGUGGCAGUGCAGAUAAUGUUUUGUCUCAGAUUGCAGCCCAAAGAAGAAAAGCAGCAGGUUUACCUGAACAGAAACCCAGCCAACAGCAUAGUCCAGUCCAGUCAACUCCUUCAUCUGCUGUGUCAGACUUGCAGUGUGCUCAGAUUGUUGGCAAUGGACAAGUUGUAAAGCAAAAACUGGACAUGAACAAAAGACCUCCAUCUGGGACUUCAUCUACAUCUAAAAGCACAUCACCAACUCUCACACCUUCUCCAUCACCUUCCCCAUCUCCUAAGGUUCAAAAUGCAGAGUCUUCUGUCUCUUCUUCUCACAGACACGCCAAGAGCAACGGCUCCAGCAGUGGUACUAUUACAGAGGAUGGCAACCAUUUGGCGGACCAUCAACAACUUGGCCCUAUUCUGAGAGCCAGUGAUGUAGAGAAUUAUGAAAGACGAAACCAUGUGAGAGUAAAAGAAGGCUCUGAAAACUUGGAGAAAGAUGAGCUGACUGGCAUCCUUAAAAAAUUGUCACUUGAGAAAUAUCAGCCCAUAUUUGAGGAGCAGGAGGUGGAUAUGGAAGCUUUCCUCACACUUACUGAUGGUGAUCUGAAAGAGCUGGGUAUUAAAACGGAUGGAUCAAGGCAGCAAAUUUUGGCAGCUAUUUCUGAACUGAAUGCAGGAAAGGGUCGAGAGAGACAGAUUUUACAAGAAACUAUACACAACUUCCACUCUUCCUUUGAGAGUAGUGUUAGUAACACACGACCGCCAGGUCAUUCCCAAUCUCCUGGCUGCUCUUUGAAACCACAGGAAGCCAUUUCUUCUAAAAGAUAGCUGCUGGAACAAAAGUGUGGUUUUAUUUUUUAUGGUGAAGUUUGGCAUCUGACUAAGUGAUUCCAUACAAAUCCAUACAAAUGAAAAUUUGAAAAGUUAGUCCUGACUACACUGACAGGAUUUUUUGCAGUAACAUGCUUAAAAUACAAAACCCUCAGAAAGGCAAAGAAAAUAAUAAAGAGAUUGCCUCUAUAGUUCAACCUAAGUGUUGAAUUGUUCAAAGCAUCAGUGGUCUGAAUUUAGGAAGAGCAAAGUCAGAAGAGCAGGAAGAAUGAAUGAACACGCAAGAAGAUGGAUGUUUCAUUCCACUCUUGCCCAUAGGUGAAGAAUCCAUGGGAGACCAAGAUGGGCACAGACAAGAGCAACAAAAACAUGGAAGAAGGCAAGAAGGACACCACAAAUUGUGACCCCCUUCUACAUGGAGAAAUACAUAAGAUGAAUAUGCCUCUCUUGAUUGGAUACAGAUAAAGUAGUCUAGAUUGAAAAUGUCAUGAUUUAAUGGGAAGAAAUAUAAAGGAGAAGUAAUGCUGCAUUCUUCAAUAAGCAAAAUAUACUUUAUCUAUUCAAUAUUAUGAGGUUAGAACGGCAGUAAAAAAUAAAAACAAAAUACCUAUUUGUAAAAACAGCACUUUAUUUGAGCAAAUGCGUAAUCUGUCACCAAUAUUUAAACAGAAAAGAAUGUUAAAAUAUUUUAUAUUACUGACUUUCUUUUGAGAAUAAAACCAUUUACGUUAUA